UGGCCCCUUAGAUGUAAAACAUGACUCGAUAAAAUCGAAGCAGAAUAAGCAAGUUGUUACUGACUCAAUAAUAUAGAUGAUUUUGCAUUGUAACGUGUGCUCUUUCAAAGACUACAUCUAUCUCUACUUUUUGUGCUUGUAAUAAUAAGAUAUUUUAAUUAAUAAUGAACAAGGAUCUCGCACAUAUUUGUAUUUACAAAAGUAUAGAAGAUGUUCAUUUUAAAAAAUUUAUAUAUAAUAAAUUGUUGCCUUAUGUGGAUGAUUUAGAAAUAGAAUCAAAAACUUUAUUAGCCGAAAUUAAGUCAAAUUUAGCACGAGCUAUUAUGUUUAAUGAAACAUGGCCAGGCUGUUUUGUUUGGGUUAAUAAAUUAUGCCAUUACCUAAACAUAUAUGGAUUACAUUUUAGCAAAGAAGAUCAUAUCUUACUUAUAAAGUUAUUAUAUGAACUGGUUACACUUUCAGAAAUACCUACACCUUCCACAUUUAAAUGUCUUCUUGCAUUACUUUUAUUAUUAAAAAAAAAAAAAUUAAUAUCUCCUGAUGAAUUGGAACUGCCAUGGCAGCCUCUUUAUAAAAUGAUUCUCUGUAUAAUGAAAACGAAAGAAAAUCGUCUUGAUAUGUAUCAUUUUUGUUCUUUUUAUGAAAAUGCAAUGGAGUCACUUAUUAUUUGUGCAAAGGUUUAUUUUCCCUUGAGUGCAACACAGGAAAUAUUAGAUGAAUUGAGACCAACUUUAUGUCUUGUUGAUGUUUUAACAAUGUCUAAAAGUAUACAAUUAUUACGGUGGUUUUUACCAGUACAAUUAUCUCCAAAACAUCAUUCAAUUGGAUAUAAAUUAUGGUUUGAAGAAUUUAUGACAUUAUGGGAAAUUUGUCACAAUUCACUAACUUGGGAAAGUAAAAUGAUGGAGUUAAUGGCAGCAUUAGCUAAUCAUAAUAUUGGAUAUAUUAAUUGGGAACCUUAUAUUCCAUUAAUGUUUACUAGAUUUAUACGAUGUUUAAAAUUACCAGUAUCAUAUAAUAAAAUACAAAGAUAUAAACAUCAUGAAAUAGAUGCAUGUUUCAUAGCAUCAUGGAUAGUAGCAGUUCUGGGAAAUGGUUCAAGUGCUCAAACAUAUCUUGAUAAAUUUCUCAAGACAAUAGAAACAUAUUUUCAUCCUGCUAAUAAUGGUUGCUGGUUGGGAAUGUUAAAAGAUAUUCUUCUGAAGCUUUCAUCUUAUUUUAUUACACGUUUACAUAAAGAAAGAUAUGCUAAACGGACUUGGGAAACUCCUAUACCCGAAGAAUAUAAAUUAACUGAUAAUGAUGUUAAUGCAUUUGUUAAAAGUAUGAUGCCAGUAACAAUGGUAGCCAUGUUUAAUAAAUUAAGUGUUAAUGAUGCUUCUCAAGCAUUACAAUAUCUUGCUACUAUGAGACCCAAUUUGGUUAUUCCAUAUGUUUUGGAUAGAGUAUCUUCUACAUUAGAUUCUCUUACAACAGAAUCAUAUAAAUUAAUUGCUACAUUAAGUUGUAUGGAUGCUAUAGCUAGGCCAAUGGCAGAAGGAUCUAGAAAUAUAAAUAAAGAUUAUACCUAUCCAGAAGGACCAAGACACAUUUUACCAUUAUUGUCUUUACUUUUAUCCAGUAUUGAUCCAAGCAAUCCAGAAAAAUGCUUUCUUGCCUUUCGUCUUAUUUCAGUGUAUGCCUGUCUUAUACCUAUUGUAAAUACUUCUAAAUCAAUCACAUCAAUAGAUGAAGAAGAUGAAGAAGGCAGAAUGGAUUACGAAACAGCUUCUGGAUUUGAAGAUUUUGUUUUACAAUUUUUAGAUAAGAUAUUUUCUUUUAUAGAUCACAGUUCUUUAGAAUUGGUUAGAUUAGAAAAUUCUACUGGUGGUGAAAAAAGUAAAUUAGAAAAGGUUACAGAACAUGUAUUAUAUAAUGUGUGUAUGGUUCUUUUAAUGCAGAUUAAUGAUGAAAUAUUUAAAAAAGCUUUAGAUAAAUUAUGCACAUUUAUAACUGAACGUAUACUUGAAAUUGAAGUUGCUGGACAAUUAGCAGCUGGUUUAUGUCGAGUAUUUGCUCGAGUUAAUGGCAAAGAGACUGUGCGUACUUUAUUACCGAUACUUUCACAAACUAUUCUAGAUAUUACUGGAGAAAGUAAUGAUAUUAUUAAAGAUGAACACUUGGAUGAUCGUCUCUUACAUGCAAUGUUACUUUUAUCUGCAAUUGUUCAUACUACAGGAAACAAUUUAUUACAUUAUAUAGAUACACUUAUGACAAUUCUUGAUCGUGUAGUGAUUUUAAAAUCAAGAGAAGGAAACAAUUUAGGUUGUAUAUUAUUAAAAGCGAUUCUUCAUUCAUUAUCUAACAUAAUACCAUAUCAUUUCACAUCUACUGAGAGAAUAAGAUAUUGGGGUCAAAUUUUGGAUAUUAAUACUUUAAAAGUUAAAUGGUACAUACCUGGUAAAGAAGAAAUAGCUGCCAUAAAUCAAAUAUUUAUAAAAUAUCUAAUUCCCGAAACAAAUAAAUUAGAAAAAUAUUGUAAUGAUUGGACCACAUUAACAAGGGAAGAAUUGUUAACCAGUUUAAAUAUUGUAUAUAGCAUUAUUGAAGGUUGUGAUUCUGUUUUACCAAUAUGUGAAGGAAAACCAUUAAAUUUAGUAAAAUCGUCUUUAAAAUGGCUACCUUUCAGGCCAACACUUGGUAUGAAACAUGAAAUAUUAAUGCCUGAUGGUAGUAAUGUUAAAUGUUAUAUCGGAACUCUUGUAAGUAAACUACAAAAUGUGAUUCUUAAGAAUACAGAAGGCGAUACAAAAAGUUUAUUUGUUUUAAUAAAGAUUUGGGGUUAUCUUUUAUUAGGCACUGUUUGCUUUUCUAAAGUUAACAAAAAUGUAGAAAACUCACAUAGAAUGAUGAAAGAUAUGUUAGUAAGAAAAAAAGGAAUAAUGGGAUCUUUUGUAUUGGCACGCGCAGAAGUUCAACAUGUGACACGUUCACAUUCACAGAUAUUUAAUUUAACUGAAAUUCAUAAAGAGAUAAUGUUAAAACUAUUUAUAUUGGCUACUAGCAGAUAUGCUGGUGUGCGAUGGCAAGCUCAAAAUGUUCUUGUCCAAGCUUUUCAUUAUUUACCAUUUUCAUGUAGAAUUAUUAUUCCAAAAUUACUUGAUGUAUUAAGAGAGGAUCCAGAAGCAGAUCAUGAUGCAUAUGAAGGAGCUCUGCAUGUUUUACUUGAUUCUCAAGAAACAUUUACUAAACAUGAUUGGAAUAUAUUAAGAGAUUUAUGGACAACUAUGGUGCUUUCUAAACCAUCUGAAAAAUUAUCUAUAAUUCGUUUGAAAGAAGAUAUUGCGAGAUUCAUAAGUAAACAAUUUUCAACAAUUGCGAUUACAUUUAAAAUACCAAAUACAUGUUUGGAAAUUGCAACUGCUUUAUGGAAAACUAAUUCACAAACUACUUUAUCUCAACCUACAGAGGAUGAAACAAUAGAAAAUUUAAAAAUUGCUCAGGCAUUUAAUGAAUGUAAUUUAGUAUCUUAUAAUGCUUUGAUAAAUGAUUUGUUAAAUGCACUUUUGGAAAAAAAUUUACAUUGGCGACAUCGUUUAAUGGCAAUAGAUUUUAUUCGACUUUUGGUUCAUCCAGAACAAAUGUAUCCACCAAAAGUAAUUCGUUACUUUUUAGGAACAUUAAUACAUGAUUCAUUAAAUGAAAGAAAUAUUGCUCUUCGAAUAGUGAUAUGCAUGUUGCAACAACAAAAAAGACAGCAUCCAAAGAUAACUAUUGAUCCUCCAAUAUCAUCAGAAAAAGAAAAUCAAUCUAUGAAAUGCAUAUUAGGGCAAAGAUCAGAUAAUACUUGGCUUCAAUAUAAUUACGAAACUCGUCCCUUGUGUGCAGAACAAUGGGAUGAACCUAGAUUUAUUCAUGAAGCAUAUUUAGGAUUUUAUACAUGGCCAAAAAAAAUUCAAAUGUAUGCACCAACAUCUCAACAACCAUGUUUAGAUCCAAAUGUACGAAAGUUAACAGAUUAUGAAAAAGAAAUUGAUUUCUUUUUUAAUGAUUCACAAAAUAUCGAAAAACUUAUAAAAUUUUAUAGUCUUGAAACAAAAAAAGACAAAGAUAAAUUUAGUUAUUAUAAAUAUCGUCUGUUCAAAGGUCUUUUUCGCAAUCAUGGGAUAAUAUUUCUAAAAAAAUUGUUGCCGCAUUUACAUGAAUUAGUGAAAGAUAAACAAGAAAGUAGUCAAAGAUGUGCAGCCGAAAUUGUUGCAGGAAUUAUUAAGGGUUCAAAACAUUGGCCAUUUAAUAUGGUUUGUGAAAUGUGGGAUUCUUUAUUACCAAUUAUAAAACUUGUCUUAAUUAAUAUGACACCAGAAACACUUGCAGACUGGGUUCUUUGUUUUUCUACAGCUCAGCAACAUAGAGAUCCAAAUAGACAACAUUGGUUAUUAGAAUGUCUGAUGGAAGAAAUUUGUGUUAGCGAAUCAGAAUCAUCUUUUAUCGAAUCGGGUCGUUUGUUUAUUUUGCAAACAGCUCUUGCUAAACAGCCAUGGCGCGUGUUGGAAUUGUUACAACGUUUGUUGAAACGAAUAGAAGAUAGAUUAUUAGCAAAUCCAUUUGAAAAUAUGAGAGAACGAUUGAGUUCUAUUUUAGUAACAGUGUUCACAAAUUUAAAAACUUCAAAUAUUUCAAACAAUCAGUCAGUAUCACAGAUACAAGAUUUCAUAAAUAAAAUAGUGCCAAAAUUACAACCUCUUAUAGAUGAAAAUGCAACGAAAUUCAACAAAGAAAUUCAACAAAAAAAUUUAUCUUCACAGAUAUCUAUUGUUGAAUUAAAUGAUUUAAAAAAAAUAGAAAUAAAUGAAGAAGAAAGAGAAAGAGCAAUUAGAUUACUUAAGACAAUUUGUAAAUGGAUUGUAAAUAUGAAUUGUGCAUGGUAUGGUUUACCACCAGAAUUAUAUCAAAUAUUUCCAAUUAUAUAUCAGAUGGAAAAUUGUGAAAUAGAUGAAGAAUUGAGAAAGUCAUGUACAUCUGCUUUAACGGUAUAUGCACAAGCAUUUACAUUACCAUGUAAUAUGUCAAUAGCUUUAGAGGCAAUAGAAAAAAUGUCUAAGCAUAUAUCUUGGUGGACAAGAUCUGCUUGUUUGGAAUUCCUUCAAGCUUGGGUAUUUUAUAACAUGUGUACACUUUUAAGUAAUCCAGCAUGGGUUAAUUUCAUAAAAAAUAUUGUUUUACGCUUAUUGGAAGAUGAGCGAGUUGAAGUAAGAAAAAAUGCUGGUAAAGUUCUUAGCGGAUUAGUACAUUGUAUGUUUAUCCCUGAGCAAGAAUGUUUAUUGGAUGAAUUUAAAAAAAAAGCAAAAACCAAAUUAUAUAAAAAAGAAGGAUUAAAUUAUAAAGAAGAAAUAAAAAAGAAGUUAAAAACUGAUGCUUUACGUAUUCGUCAUGCAGCUAUAAUAGGAAUGUGUGCAUUUGUACAAGCUAAUCCAUAUGAUAUACCAAAAUAUGUACCUCCAAUUUUUGAACAUCUUCGUGCUCAUAUGAAUGAUCCACAACCUAUACCAAUGACAAUUAAAAAAACUUUAGAUGAUUUUAAAAGAACUCAUAAUGGAUGGAAAGAUGUAGAAGAAUAUACACAACAUUUCACAGAAGAACAAUUAACAGUAUUGCAAGAUUUAAUCAUGCCACCAUCCUACUAUGCCUAACAUAAAGUUAAUAUUUUAUUAUAUAAUAAAAAAAUUUUUUAAUAAUAUUAAUAUAAAAAUUUUGUAUAUGAUAUUUAAUCAAUAAUGAAUUAAUAUUGUGCUGUGAAGAUAUAAAUAAUAUAAAGAU